GGUGACCCCGACGACGUUCUCACAAAAGAAGAGCAGAUCUAUCUCCUGGUGGAAGCCAAGGAGAGAUGUCAGAGGGACAUAAAAGCCCAGCUGGAGAAGAUCAAAGACAGCAGCUGCCUUCCGGAGUGGGAUGGGAUUAUCUGCUGGCCCAAGGGCUCCCCAGGCCAGGAGGUGUCGGUGCCCUGCCCCGACUACAUCUACGACUUCAACCAUAAAGGUGAGGCCUCCAGGUACUGCAGCGCCUACGGGACCUGGGCCAUGGCUCGCAGCAUCAACAAGACCUGGGCCAAUUACACGGAAUGCGCUCUGCUCUUCUCCUCCGAGAGCCGGAGCCGCGAGAAGGAGGUGUUUGACCGGCUGCACCUGAUGUACACCGUCGGCUACUCCCUCUCCCUGGCCUCCCUCGUCAUCGCCGUCUGCAUCCUCUCGUACUUCAAGCGCCUGCACUGCACGCGCAACUACAUCCACGUCCACCUCUUCGCCUCCUUCAUCUGCCGGGCGCUGAGCAUCUUCGUGAAGGACAUGGUGCUCUACUCGGGGACGCUGGCCAGCGACACGAAGAUGCAGGAGGAUGACAUCAAGGCAGAAAUGGGUCCCUCGCCAGGACAACGGAGCCACCUGGUUGGCUGCAAGGUGGUGGUGACUCUCUUCCUCUAUUUUCUGGCCACCAACCACUACUGGAUCCUGGUGGAAGGUCUCUACCUGCACAGCCUGAUCUUCAUGGCCUUCCUCUCCAACAAGAACUACCUGUGGGUCCUCGUCAUCAUCGGCUGGGGCCUCCCCGCUGUGUUUGUGUCUGUCUGGGCCAGCGUCAGGGCCUCCCUGGCAGAUACGCA